UCCCGGUAUGCCGUCGGAGUGCGCCGACCGCAAGCCUGCGAAGGCCGCCCACAGCCACCACGCCGCCGGGGCUCUCCCCCCGCAGGAGCAGGAGCACCUCCCCUGCCCGCGCUGCGACUCCACCAACACCAAGUUCUGCUACUACAACAACUACAACUUCUCCCAGCCCCGCCACUUCUGCAAGUCCUGCCGCCGCUACUGGACCCACGGCGGCACCCUCAGGGACAUCCCCGUCGGCGGCGGCAGCCGCAAGAACGCCAAGCGCUCCCGCACCGCCUCCUCUUCCCCCGCCGCCGCCGUCGUGCUCCCAGGCGUCGCCCCUCCCGAUCACCACUUCCCCGCCUCCUCCCUCCUCCUGCCUUUCGCCGCAGGCCACGGCGGGUCUGGCGAUGGCGACGGGAAGUCGAGCUUGAACGUGUGCGGGAGCUUCACCUCUCUGUUGAACGCUCACGGGCCUCCUGGGCUCCUGGCUCUGGGGGGGUUCGGGCUCGGGCUCGGGCCGGGCGGGCUCGAUGACAUGGCAUUCGGGGUCGGGAGAGGGGUCUGGCCCUUUCAGGGGGUGGGAGACGGUGUCGGCGCUGGCGUAGGGAGCAAUGGCGGGGCGGCGGGGAUCGGGAACGCGUGGCAGUUCGAGACCAGCGAGGAGGGGGGGCUCGUGGGCAGCGCCGGCGGUGGCGGAGGCGGAGGCGGCGAUUCGUGCUUCUCUUGGCCAGGCCUUGCCAUCUCCACCGCUUGGAGCGGUCUCAAAUGAGCAUCUGUUACACCUCUUCCUCUUCCAUAUAGUCUUUGCUUUUGCCCUUAUGAACAACAGAGCUUUUUUAGGGUUUAAUUAGUUUGGUAGGUGUGAAAAGAAGAGAAUGCAAGAGCUUUUGGAUAUGUCCACCUCCAUGUAAUUUGAGGAGUUCAUGCAUGCUGUACCGUUUUGUCUGAUGCUUGUAUGGCGCGGAAGAUUUGGUCUUU